GGGAGGAGUUGACAUGGGAGGAGCUGAGCAGUCAAAACCACGCCCACUGACAGACAGAGCGGUUGGACAGGAGCUGCUCAUCGCCCGAAGGUAUUUGACUUACCUGAGUAAUGUAGGAACGCACAUCUGCUCAAGACACCAACUACGCUUUGCGUGUGAUCGGUUACAUAAGCAAGAAAAGCAGAAAUCAGCCAGUUCAAUGUAGCCAGCCUGCCAGCACGAUCACUAAAGCGUGAUUGUAGGAGCUCAUCAUCGACCUAUGUACAGCAGAUCUAAGGAGUUCAGAAGCCAUUUGGGACAAUGAGGAACUCUGGUGCCAUGCUGAUUUUGACCUUUAUUGCCAUAUUAACAUUGCAAGCAGCAGGUGUCAGUCCGCCAGGCAAACCCAGACUCACAAGCUGUCGCUCUCCAGAGAAGGAGACCUUCACAUGCUGGUGGGAACCUGGAGGUGAUGGAGGUCUGCCAACCACCUACGCCCUCUACUACCAUCUAGAAAACUCAGAAACGGUCUACGAGUGCCCAGAUUACAGAACCGCGGGCGAGAACUCGUGUUUCUUCAACAAAAACGACACAUCGCUUUGGGUCAACUACAACAUCACUGUGGUGGCCAGCAACGCCCUGGGGAAGAACAUUUCAGACCCCGUGGAGGUGGAUGUGGUCUAUAUAGUUCAACCAAACACUCCAGAGCACGUGACAGCAGUUGUGGUCCAUGAUGAACAGGGUCCGUUCGUGAGAGUGUCCUGGGAGAAACCCCGAACCGCAGACACUCGCUCAGGGUGGAUCACGCUACUUUACCAGCUCCGAGUUAAACAAGAAAAAGAUAAAGAAUGGGAGGAAUAUAAUGCUGGCAUGCAGAAGUACUACAAUGUGUUCAGUCUUCACCCUGAUAAAGAAUACAUGGUGCAGGUGCGAUGUAAACCUGAUCAUGGGUUCUGGAGUGAGUGGACCCAAACCACCUACGUCAAAAUGCCCGACUAUAUAACCAGAGAGCGUUCGCUGUGGAUCAUGAUCACGAUAUUCUUUGUCUUCAUCGUGCUCAUCCUCACCUGGACGCUAAACGUGAAACGAAACAGUGUGAAGCUUUGUUUGCUGCCUGCUGUUCCUGGACCAAAAAUCAAAGGAUUUGACAAACAAUUGCUCAAGAGCGGAAAGUCAGAGGAAGUUUUCAAUACUCUGGUGAUCCAAGGUUUCCCUCCAACCACCGAUUACGACAACUUACUGGUGGAGUACCUUGAGGUGUAUGACAAUGAGGAGCAAGAGCUGGUACUGGAUGGUAAAGAUCUAUCAGAGGACUGCAUGAAGUCCAAAAGCCCGUCGGACAUCGACUCGGGUCGGGGAAGCUGCGACAGUCGCACUCUGCUUUUGGAGAAGUGCAUGGAUGGACGGGAAGGAAGUGGAAGCAAUCAACAUCAGUACAGCCAGCAUGGAGAAACGAGGUGGGCUUCUACGGAAAGCAGUGAAAGCCAGGGUCCUGAACCUGGUUCUCCAGAGUCCGCCAAUGGACGUGGCAAGACCUGGCCCGUUGUGUUUUCUUCUCCUAAACCGCAACCUCACCACCAUUACCCAGUGGGAGCUGCGAAACCGGCCUACCACAGCGUCCCAGAGAUCCUCAACCAUUUGUCGCCACACGCAAUGCCAAGUAACUAUCACCAGCUAAACCAUCAGGACAUCCCGCAACAGGAGCACCGCUUCAGUAAACCAGCCUGCCGACAUUCUCAAAGCUACAACCAGUUUAACCUGGACGGUGUCGACACUCCUGCUCCCGGCGUGCCUCCAUCACCUUCUUUGGAAUACGUGGAGGUGCAAAGGGUCAACCCGGAGAAUAUGCUACUGCUUAGGCCGCUUUCAGACCCAAACCGUGAACCUGAGGGGUCAGAUUGCACCAGGGAGGACUACAGUAAAGUCAAAGAAGUGACAUCAAACAAUAUUCUGCUUCUGCAGAGGGCUAUGUCCCAUCAGUGCGUGGACGAUUACAGCCAGGCUGAUCAAUGCACAACCCAGCAGCCACCUCACCCCUGCAAACCUGCUGUCCACCAAUCGAACAGUGGGAUGCCACAGGAAGCCAUUAGGGUGAUGGGAAACGGUUAUGUAGAUUCAACAGUCUUAAUGCCAUCCUACUAGCACAUAGUGGUCCAAUGCAUGAAUGCAGCAAAAACAAUAAGCCGACCACAAAACCACUAAACUGUCAACAGCUCAUGCCAAGCCCUAAAAGAAGCACUUUUCUCCCUCUCAGAUCUUGCUAGUGUUUUUUUAUAUAUUUCUAAAAAUAUUUACUUUUUAUUAGAUUGUAUUAGAUGUAAGGGUCUUGUUUCUGAGCUGAGGUCUGAACUUUUAUGUAAGCACUGUAAAGAGGCUGGAUUCUUUAAAAUAAAGGGGGAAAAAACUGACAAAAAAAGGGGUAAACCAGCCUGCCGACAUUUAACCCGAAGAACUUUUAACAUCCAUGGAACCUUUCCAUUACAUCUUUACAGUGGAAAAGGUUUCUUUAGAUUAUUUAAAUGUUCUUCACACUAAGAAAAAAUAUAUAUAUUAAGAAUUAUGGACUGCAGUGCUCUUUGGGGAACCUAAAAAUGGUUCUUCCAUGGUGUUGCUGUGAAAACCACCCUUUUGGAACCUUUAUUUUUAAGUGUGUGUGUGUGAGAAGUCAUCGAUCUUGUUUCUUUGACAGAUUGUGUACUUCAAUGAGAUAACACUUAUAAAUGCCAAAAAAAUUUUCUUUACACUUAAAAGAGUGGUUUUAAAUCAAGUCUUCAAAGUUAACAUGAAACUGAAAUGGGAUCCCAUUGUCUUUAAUACAAGUUUCUGAAAAAUUCACUUAAAUUCUGCUGUGCCUCUGAUACAGUUUUUCCUUUUGAUGUAUGUUAGUCAAUAGCCAAAUAGCCAUUUAAGCAUUGUGUUUUCAUUGGAAAUUUCAUGGAAAGCCUACUUUUCAUGAUCCAGCAGUUGCAACUGAAAUUCUCCUACUGUAUAUUUUAAUUUGUUUUACUGAGAGAUGCACGGUAUUUUGGAAUUCAUAUGGGUUAUGAAUGCCAUUUCAUGUUAACUUUUAAUGAUUUUUCAUAUUUAGAGAUUCAUGGGAUUUGAAAACUUAGCACUUAGCAUAGUUGCCCUCAGCAAUCCACAUUGCAUUAUGUUAUUGUAUGUAUUUUGCAUCAUGGCACUGUUACUUUUGUCACUGUUAUUUUUUUUAUGAAUUGAUCUUGAGUAUUAUCAAAGCGUUCACCCAAUUCAAAACUUUUCCUUGAUACAUGUCACUUCACAUUUAAAUAAAUUACAAAUAUAUUGGAAAUGACUUAAAACUCCAUCUGCAUAUUAUAUAAACACAAGCAUUAUUUGCAGUUAGAGUCGGUUUAUUUAUACUGUAAUCCUACUGGUGUUCAUUUAGUGAAACAAAUUGCAUACAAUUCAUGUUAUAAUCUCAGCCAUACAAUUCAUAAUGUCUUUGCUUUUCAAUAAUAUACAAAUGCAAGAAUAAAUAAAUGAAAAGGGAUUUGAACUGAUUGUAAACUUAUAAAUGUAAAGAAUUUGCCUUUGAUAUUUACAUCUCUCAGGUGGAGGAAAACUUGCUUAAACACUCCUGCCGAAUGUAUGUAUAAUAAAUGUUAUUGGCACAGAUAACACUAAAGCACAACCGGUGUAAAAUUAAAGCUGUAUACUACCAGCAUUCAAUUUUUUUUUUCAAAUAUGUCACAGUGAGUUUUUCACUGUAAGAAUUUGUGUGUUUCUGUGACUGUUAAUCCUGCGAGAAUCUAUUUUUCCAAGUCUGUAUAUCCUUAAAUCAUAGGUAGCCAUUGAUUCAGCACUGCAUAUUUGUUUUGAUAUUAAAAAGGAAAUUAUAAAGAUUUUUUUUAAAUGUUAGAGAUCGGCACAUAUGCAUUUAAUCCAACCAAACAGUCAUGUUGUUAAUGUACUAAUCACUAACCAUUAAACCAGUUACAAGGAAAAUUUUAGCCCUUGCAAGUGCAAGAGUCAACCUCCACAUGUUGCCUUAUUUUAUGCAUGAAUCUCUGAAAGCAGACUGAGGAGUAUUUUUUGGAAGGGGUCAUUUACUAAAUAUGUAUUUAUACCUAAAGUUAUAUUACACAUACGUGUACAUAUAAAAUAUUUAUUCAAUAGUUAUAUAUAAUAUGUAGAAAUGCAUUUAUAUGUAACCUACAGAUAAUUUAUAUACAAAUAAAUAGCUUUAAGGUUUGCCUAAGCCAUACAUAAAUCAACCCAUCUAAUUUUGUUGAUUUGCGAGUAGCGUAACAUUUUCUUAUAUCUUUAUUGUUUACCAGUCAUACAUUCUCUGUUUCAUGCAUAACAAAUCUGCAUGUAAAAGCAUAUUCUCUUUUAAUAAUCGAUUUUAACUCAGGCAAUGGCAAAUCUAUAAAAUGCAUGUAAGAUAUCUUUCAGUAAAGAAAAUGCAUUGCCAGAAAUCUCCAGGAAGAUGAUUAUAUUCUUAUUUAGGGAUUAACUGAAAUCAUGUUUUGAUUUCAUUCUACCAAACCCAAAACCAUUUCUUCACUAAAAGAAUUAUUUAAAUUAAAAUGUGUUAUACAGU